AUGGUAAAUGCCAACCGGACAGCCUCUGUGACAGAGUUUGUUCUCCUGGGCCUCUCUGCUCACCCAAAGCUGGAAAAAACGUUCUUCAUGCUCAUCCUGCUGAUGUACCUGGUGAUCCUGCUGGGCAAUGGGGUCCUUAUCCUGGUGACUGUGUCCAAUUCUCACCUGCACACACCCAUGUACUUCUUCCUGGGGAACCUCUCCUUCCUGGACAUCUGCUAUACAACCUCCUCGGUCCCCCUUAUCCUUGACAGCUUCCUGACCCCCAGAAAAACCAUUCCUUUCUCAGCCUGCGUAGUGCAGAUGUUCCUCUCCUUUGCCAUGGGAGCCACAGAGUGUGUGCUCCUGAGCAUGAUGGCAUUUGAUCGCUAUGUGGCCAUCCGCAACCCCCUUAGGUACCCUGUGAUCAUGAACAAGGCUGCCUAUGUGCCCAUGUCUGCCAGCUCCUGGGUAGCUGGAAGCACUGCCUCCAUGGUGCAGACAUCCCUUGCAAUGAGGCUGCCCUUCUGUGGAGACAACAUCAUCAACCACUUCACCUGUGAGAUUCUGGCUGUCCUGAAGUUGGCCUGUGCUGAUAUCUCUGUCAAUGUGAUCAGUAUGGGAGUGACCAAUGUGAUCUUCCUGGGGGUCCCAGUUCUGUUCAUCUCUUUCUCCUAUGUCUUCAUCCUUGCCACCAUCCUGAGGAUCCCCUCAGUAGAGGGGAGGAAAAAGGCCUUCUCCACCUGCUCUGCCCACCUCACAGUUGUGGUCGUCUUCUAUGGGACCAUCCUCUUCAUGUAUGGGAAGCCCAAGUCUAAGGACCCACUGGGGGCAGACAAGCAGGACCUUGCAGACAAACUCAUCUCCCUCUUCUAUGGGGUGGUGACCCCCAUGCUCAACCCCAUCAUCUACAGCCUGAGGAACAAGGACGUGAAGGCUGCUGUGAGGAACCUGGUAUUUCAGAAAUGCUUUGCCCAGUGAUGUCUGGGGGAACAGAUGUCCACGUAGCUCUUUGCUUCUUGGCUGCUUUCACCCACAAAUCUCAGAAGAGAAUGUUUUCCAAAGAAGAGACAUGUGAAGAGUGAUUACCAGAAAAUUGAAGUACUCAUGUAAUAGAGCACUUUAGCUGUGAUUGAACCCAAUGAAAAUGUUGAAACCUAGAACCCAGGGGGAGUGUGGCUUGAGGGGAUGGAAGCAGGAUGCUGCUGGUUACACAGGAAUGAUUUUUUUUUGUUUCUCCACUGUUCAAGUCUGAAUUCAACCUUUGUGAGCAGGUGGUUUCUCUGUUUUGGGAAAAACACCCUAGUGCACUUUUGUGUUACAAAAAUGUAAAGCCCAGAUCCUACUCUUGAAAGGAGGCACUGAAGACACCAUGGGACAGAACUUAAUGACCCUGCCCACUUCCUUAGCAUAGUGCUUCCCAAUCUUUGUCUUGCCAUGGAGCACACAGAAAAUAAUGCGUAUGACACCCUGGGGUGAGUGGAUGAAUCUAUUCAUGGCUGAAGGCAAUUCACCUGGGGGCUUAGGUCACUACAGGUUCUGCUUAGUAAUCCCAGGAAGACUCUCAGCUUGGCACAUCUGUAGCCUAUAACACAUUAGCUGGAAUGUUCUGCCUAAAGCAGAAUAUGUCUUCCCUUAGCCCCUACUGAGAGGACAGUCAUGCUCUCUCCUUUGGCCACAGAUAAUUGGAUAGUUGACCCAAACUGGGCUAGUCAUAUUUUCUCUCCAAGGCAUUUGGAAUUUGGACAUAGAGUUACCUCUCACUUGGCCCAAGGUUCUUGAACUGAUAGACCAUGUAAAGCUGUGAUGAAUGUGGCCCUGUAUCUAGCAAGGAAGAGAAAGCUGUUCUGCAGAGAGAGAGAUGAUAAAGCAAAUGUGCAAAGAGGACCAGACCUACAUGAAACAGAAAUAAAGGCUGCAAUACUUAGGCUAGGUACUAGGAACUUUUUUUAAAUUUUAUUUUAUGGGAUAAUUUAAUCCUGUAGAAAGGAUAAAACUUAGGUAUUCAUCUUCUAGAUCCAAAGAUGAUCUGCUCCUGGAAGAUCGUGUGUGUGUGUGUGUGUGUGUGUGUGUGUGUGUGUUUGUGUGUAAUCUUUAAUUUUUAAAAUUUUCCUGGGUACAUAGCAGGUAUGUAUAUUCAUGGAGUAUAUGGGAUGUUGUG